GGGUAUGGCGGCCGACGCGACGGCAUCAGAUGUCUCGGCGGACUCGCCGCACGCCUGCGUGGACGUCAGCCUCAUCAAGGAGCACCUAGAGCAGUUCGUGACGAACGCGGAGUUCGUCAACUACCCGACGAAGAAGGGCAGAUCAGGCCCCGACAAGGAUCGAAUGGCAGCCCACAUGGACAUCGUCUACUGCAUCAGGAAGAACGUGGCGCCCAACAUGUGGUUGAGCAAGAAGUCACUGGAGAAUGCGCUCUACUUGAUCGGGAACGACAAGAACUGGCCAGGCGUCCAAGGCGCGGUCUUGACAAGCUGGUCGAUCGAAAUGGGCGAGAGAAUUCGCGCGAUGCUCAAGCACGCCAGCACGACAUUCACGAGGAAGGUCUGGCCACAGUGGUUCAGCGAGCCGCUCGAGCAGAUUGGCGUCAAGCAGUCAGACCCCAUGUUCGCCAGCGUGACGUACGUGUACAAAUGCGAUGAGAUCACCCACCAGGCCCCGAUCCGCAUCCCGACGAUCAACAACAGGAAAUCGGGGCCUCCAGAGAAGUGUGCAAGAAUCGAAGGCCCCGACGAGAACGGCAAGCACACAGCCUUCUGGGAGAACGACGACGACUGCGAGGACAAGUGGGUGUUCGAGAAUGUGUUCGCCGAGGUUGACAAAUGUCGUGCGCACUCGUCCAGGAUGAGUGAUUGGACGGACACUCCAGACGGUCUGAAAGUCAAGGCCUUCAUCAUGGCCGACCGCGGCCCAGACAAGCUGAUCAGG